GUCCCCCAGCGAAAUUAAUCGAGAAAGUUGGCGCUUUUGGUUUUAUUUUGUCUAUUAUUUCUCAUGUUUGUCGACUGUUCAUAUUUCUCUUAAAGUUUACAUAACUUCGUGCAUGUUUAAUCGCUGGGAAAAUAAAGGUUCUUUCCCUUCCUUGUUUCAAUUCCCAAAAACUUGCUGAACCAGACCUAACAGGGCAGGUGCGUUUGUAAACCAAAUGACAAAUCACCUAAAAGAGGAAGGAGGUGGGCGAGAUUAUCAUUACAUCUCCAGUUAAAGUUCAUUACGAGUUCUCGCUGGUGUUAUGACAUUAUUAUGGCAGUAAAUUUGAGUAAAAACGGACCUGCGCUCACAGACGCAUAUGACGAAGUGGUGAACGGGAGGAGGAACACAAACUGGGUCUUGUUCACAUAUGAGGGAAACAGCAAUGACAUCCGGGUGGCAGGGAAAGGAGAUGGUGGGAUUGAAGAAAUGGCCGAGGAGUUUAACAGUGGGAAAAUCAUGUACGGCUUCUGUCGAGUGACAGACCCCAGUACCGGCGUUGCCAAGUUUGUUCUGAUCAACUGGACUGGAGAGGGAGUCAAGGAUGCUAGAAAGGGAGUUUGUGCCAAUCACGUUCAUUCAAUGGGAACUUUUUUACGGGGUGCUCAUGUGACCAUCAAUGCUCGAUCAGAAGAUGACGUUGAACCUUCCGCCAUCAUGGAAAAGGUGUCCAAGGGCUCAGGCGUCAACUAUAAAACCCUCAAAGGAUCAAACCAGAACAGUGAUUAUGAACCUCCUGGGCGUGUGGGUUCUGCCUAUAAAAAGAUCAGCGCUUUAGAUGAAAUCCAAAGUAUUAACAGAGAUAACUUCUGGGCCAAGGCUGAGAAGCGGCGACAGGAGGAGCGCAGGAGGGCGAACGAGGAGAGAGAGCGUCUGGAGAAAGAGCAAAUGGAACGAGAAGCAAAAGAGGCGGCCGAACGAGAGAGACGUCAGAAGGAGAGAGAGAAACAGAUCGACCAGCAGAGGAUUUUUGAAAAGAAACAAGAAUCUGAGACCAAACAACAGGCACCACGAAAAUGGGGUGAAGUUGAGAAGGAAAUUCAGACUCCUGUGAGAGUAGAAACGCAGAGAUCUGAACCUGUGCCAAAGACCAAUGGUUCUUCCUAUAAAAAGAUCAGCGCCUUAGAUGAAAUCCAAAGUAUUGACAGAGAGAACUUCUGGGCCAAGGCUGAGCAAGAAGAGGAGAAGCGGCGAGAAGAGGAACGCAGGAAGGUGAACGAGAAGAGAAUUCUCCUGGAGAAAGAACAAGUGGAGCAAGAAGCCAAAGAGGCGGCCGAACGAGAGCGACAGCGGAAGGAGAGAGAGAAACAGAUCAACCAGCAGAGGAUUCUUGAAAAGAAACAAGAAUCUGAGACCAAACAAAAGGCACCACGAAAAUGGGGUGAAGUUGAGAAGGAAAUUCAGACUCCUGUGAGAGUAGAAACGCAGAGAUCUGAACCUGUGCCAAAGACCAAUGGUUCUUCCUAUAAAAAGAUCAGCGCCUUAGAUGAAAUCCAAAGUAUUGACAGAGAGAACUUCUGGGCCAAGGCUGAGCAAGAAGAGAAGAAGCGGCGACAAGAGGAACUCAGGAAGGUGAACCAGGAGAGAGAGCGUCUGGAGAAAGAACAAGUGGAGCAAGAAGCCAAAGAGGCGGCCGAACGAGAACGACAGCGGAAGGAGAGAGAGAAACAGAUCGACCAGCAGAGGAUUUUUGAAAAGAAACAAGAAUCUGUGAAUAAACAACAGGAGCAACAAAAAGAGGAUGAGAGGGAACAACAGCCCUACGUGAAAUCAGGAAUAUUGCGAGCCGAAUCUGUGCAGAAAGCCAACGAGGCUGCGUCAAUCAUCUCUCAGCGUUCCAUAAACCCCAGGGAUCUGUUCAAGGAGAGGGAGCGAAUCUUCAGCAGUGAAUCAUCUUCCUUUGAUGCCCAACCAGGUCAAUGGAAAAAUCCAAUCUCAUCUCAGCAAGCAGUCAGUGUGGAAAAUCCUCCAAGAGAGCGCUGGUCUCAGUCCGUGUCUCCAGUACCCUCCUUGCCGGCCGCCUCGGUCUCACGUGUGCCGGCUCCGACAACCGAGCGUGAAACUUCUUCCUUCACAGUGGAAAAACACGAGCCCUUCUAUGAUGACCCAUUUCGAUCUCAACAGGCUGAGAGUUCAGAGAAUGAAUUGGAAGAUUCAGAAGAGGAGAUUUCACUCCCUGCUUAUGUGUCUCACACUAAAAGAAUUACAUAUGACAACCAAACUGACACAAACUUGUCCUCGCAUGAACACCUCUAUGAGAACAUUUACCAGGAUGUUGACACCCUCACUGCUGAAGACGAGGACACGGGGGAUGAGCAGAACAUCUGUGCAAAGGCACUGUAUGACUACCAAGCUGCGGACGAAACAGAGAUCACAUUUGAUCCUGGUGAUGUCAUCACAGGCAUAGAGAUCAUAGAUGAGGGCUGGUGGAGGGGUUAUGCUCCUGAUGGUCAUUAUGGGAUGUUUCCUGCUAAUUAUGUUGAGAUUAUUUUAAUGGUAUAAAUCGGUAUCACAUAUGCCAUGAGCAAAAACAUGCAUCACCAAAUCAUUGGUUCAUGGUCUUUGGGCUUGCUUCACAGUUAUCAGCCGUGUGUAGAAUUUGUAGAAUUUUGUUCCAAGAGCAUAAAGUUAAAUAAAGUUGUUUUUGAUUCAAAUGACCUAAUAUUGAAAUAAAUACGAGAGUUUUAUAUUCAUUAUCCUA